AUAUUGCAUUUUUGUAGCUACUAAUAGCUAGCAAUUAGUUACGUUGUGCCAAUGAGCAGUGGAUGAUUGUACGAGUUGUUCUGAUAGUCUAAUAGCUCCAUUGUGGUGAAUGUUGUACAACUCAAGAAAUGUACAGAAAAUUGGUCAGCUAACCGCUACACUUCUAGCACCAGCACCAGCACUAGCAAUUGAGCUAACUAUUGCCUUAUUUUAUUAACCUGCAUUAGCUAACUUAACUAACUAAAUAUGCAUUUAUUUAAAAACAAGUGGGUGUUUGUAGCUGCGUUGUAACAUAAUGUCAUUUAGUGUCAGUUCUCUAGUUAACUUGGAAAGUAGCCCGUGAAAGAACUGAAGGUACUGUACCAUGAUAACUGAAAAAGCCAAGCCAUGGCUAAUGUUAGCGCGCAGCUUGCCACUCCAUUGUUGUUUGUUCGCUUUUGCUAAAUACUCGCUAACGUUAGCUAGCUACUGGUUAUUACCACCAGCUAGUAAUCUAGUUAGUGAUAUAUAUCGACUGGCUUUUGUAAAAGCUAACUUGUAGUAAUACUAGUCAAUUGUGUGACUAGCAAAGAAGUUGGCUAGUUGUCGUAGCUUGACACAAAUUAGCUAUUGUAUGCUGCAUGCAGGAAUUUUGGGUGUCACUGUCAGUUUGCCCCAUGUUUUCAAAUGUCUUUCUAAAUUAUGACUCGGGGGGAAAGUGGACGAACCUUUAAAGCAAGGCUAGCUGGCAAGCUGACAUGUCAACCGGUUAUUGUUUUGUAUGAGUUAAUUGGCUGUGCUAGCUAUACGAGCUAACGCAAUGAUUUGUUUCCAAUGCCUUGUUUCCAGACUGCCACAACCUGCUACGUGUCCAGUAUGAACACGAUUGGAUUUAAAACCAUGUCUAUUUGAGUUGUACUCACAACUGACAACUGCCCUGUUGGUAUGCCCAAGAGACACAUGCGAGAAGUUAUACAUCACCAAUUUGACAAAAGAGGCUAGGUGUGGAUGAGCCUUCCCUUAACGAGAUGUAACAGGAUGCUGAACCAUCACUGCAGAAGGAACCCAGAGCUUCAGGAGGAGCUGCAGAUCCAGGCCGCGGUGGCCGCAGGGGAUGUGUGCACGGUCAGGAAGAUGCUGGAGCAAGGCUACUCUCCCAAGAUCCGCGACGCCAACGGCUGGACACUGCUCCACUUCUCAGCUGCCAAGGGGAAGGAGAGAUGUGUCAGAGUGUUCCUAGAGCAUGGUGCCGACCCCACAGUAAAAGACUUCAUCGGUGGAUUCACGGCCCUCCACUACGCCGCCAUGCACGGCCGAGCCCGCAUCGCCCGGCUCAUGCUGGAGUCCGAGUUCCGCAGCGACAUCAUCAACGCUAAGAGCAACGACGGCUGGACGCCCCUCCACGUAGCGGCCCACUACGGCCGGGACUCGUUCGUCCGCCUCCUGCUGGAGUUCCGGGCGGAGGUGGACCCCCUGAGCGACAAGGGGACCACCCCUCUCCAGCUGGCCAUCAUCCGCGAGCGCUCCAGCUGUGUUCGGAUCCUCCUGGACCACAGCGCCAACAUCGACAUCCAGAACGGCUUCCUGCUGCGCUACGCCGUCAUCAAAGGAAACCACUCGUACUGCCGCAUGUUCCUGCAGAGGGGCGCGGACACCAACCUGUUCCGUCUGGAGGACGGGCAGACCCCCCUGCACCUGUCGGCCCUCAGAGACGACGUGGUCUGCGCCCAGAUGCUGUACGCGUACGGGGCAGACACCAACACCAUUAACUACGAGGGCCAGACGCCCGUGGCCGUGGCCGUCAGCAUGUCGGGGAUAAGCCGGCCCUGUCUGGACUUCCUGCAGGAGGUCACCAAGCAUCCCAGGACUUUACAAGACAUGUGUCGAAUAAGAAUCCGUCAUUGCAUAGGCCUUCAGAGCCUCAAGUUACUGGAAGAUCUACCUAUCGCUAAGGUCAUAAAAGACUAUCUAAAACACAAGUUUGACAACGUCUGAUGCCAGGGCCUGUGAUGAGGAGGGGCACAUCGAGAACACUCUCUGGUUUCUGCCAAGACUAUGCAAGCAUUGUGUGUCUCUCUGUGAAGAAAGCCUGGAGGAGAGGUGUGCGGGGUGUUCUUGUGUAACCUGGAGAGGUCACUUUGUGACCCCAGUUGUCACUGUGCCUGUCGCCACACUGACAAAAUGUUGUCCACAGAUCUGCAGUCUGAACUGGGAAGUAUCUUUCUCACUUCAGCCUGUCCAAUCAUGAAUGAUGGUUGAUGCAGUAACGUGUGCUGUGGAAUAAGCUUACUCAGUGGAAAUGUGACCACAUCCACAGAUCUGGCACUGGGCUGUCGUCUGUGUGUCACAUUUCUGUCUGCAUAUGCCAGUGGAUUUGAUUUGUUGAUAUGGGUCUUCCUGUUCAUUUACAUGUACAGCCACCAUGAGUUAACUUUCUGGGGGUAACUUUUGAAAUGUUGAUUCAAACAAAUAGUUAGACAGAGAUGGUGCCAUUAUGUAUUCACUGAGAUGUUUCAUCGUGUGCCUGUUGAAGUUGUAGGAAAUUAUGGUCUUAUGCUGCAAUAAGUGCACCUUCCAUUGUUCAAAACCCUGAAGUUGGGCGGUCUCUAGUUGAAGUUGUAGAGGGACACAAACUGCAUCUAUGUUCUCAUCUUUUUAUGAAUAAAGCGGCCCACGCGCCUUUGCCAGAAUUAUUAUUACUAUUCCAUUUUUUUUGUUGUUGUGGUAAUUACAGUUAUAUUUUAAUCAGUUGUAUUACUAUGCAAGUGGAUUUAAAAUAAUUUAGAUCCACUUGUGUAAUACUAAGAAAAACACUGCUCUAUGUAAUGUUUUAAAGCUAUGAGUACAACUUUUCUUAAGCAAUGACAUGGUCCUAACUCAGCAUACAGUGUUACCUGUUUAUUUGUUUUUAUUUUUCCAGUUUUUCUUUGAGUUUUUACUUUUACAAAAUGAGAUGUUUAUGGAUUCUGAACAGUGUGUUGAUGUAUAAACACUGUUAUUUUAAACAAAAUGUAAAUAAUUGUUAAAUAUGUACAGCAAAUAUUUUUCUAGAAUUAUUUAAGCAAUGAUACUCUGUGUUCCUAAUGUAUUUCUUUUGUUGGAAGGUAUUGUGCUUUGUUUGAUGUGAGCCGAUGUACUGGUUAUUUUGUGUGUGUGAUACGGUAUGUUAAGAGUUUCAGACGUUUAAUUUAUCAAGAAUAAUCUGGAAGGAUAUUAUGUUGAGCGAGACAAAGCAGAUGCUAUGUAAAAAAAAAAGUGUAAUUUGUAAUGAAGACCAUACUGUGAUUUUCACAUUUAAUUAGAUGCUCUUUACAAAACAAGAACUGAUCCAAUCACCUGCAAAUUAUAUAAUUUCAUUAUACAAUUUUUAUUUUUGUCUA